AUGGUUUUAAAGGCAGAAUAUACCAAGAGCCCAAGUGCGGCCAUUCUCUCCGACGUUUCCUCGUGCGGGUCCCUUUCAUCCAGCGAGGACGGUACCCCCAGGGGCCAUUCCAGUCUGUCAGAUGGGGAGCUGGCCCGGAACUUACAGGAUAGUGUCAAGCACCGUGUCCUUUACCUCUCAGAGCAGCGGAGACUGGAGAAGGCCAGUCGGGAGGAGAACACCGUGGGCUACCUCAAGCUGGUGUCCAAAGCCGACCGGCACCACGCCCCCCACAUCUGGCAGGACUUCGAGAAGGUGAACCAGUGCGCCUCUGCCACCAUUGCCCAGAUCGAGCGAAGGCUCUGCCGUUGCCACUGGCAGCUGCAGGGGCUGGAGGGGGGCUGGAGGCCCCAGGGCUUAGCGCCCAAGGCCGAAAGCAGCCCGCGCCACUGCAGGCGGCCCAGGGAGAAGGCCCCGUCUUCAGAGUCUCCCAGGCCAGGUGGGGAAGACUGCCUGUCCACUGACUUGUCUGAUAUCGUCAGACACUUGCCCCUGGCGAGCCACUUCCCAGCUUUGUGGCCGGGGAAGUCCUGGGGGACAAAGCGUGUGGCCCAGCAGCGAAACCUGCUGUUGCGACAGAUGAAGGAGGACCUAAGAGAAGUCAGGGAGCUGCACCUCAGCCUCCAGGUGUCCUAUCUGAGCCUAAAGGAGAGCCGUCUGAUGGGCCUGCAGGUGUCGCUGGCGUCCCUCCAGGAACAGAAAUGCAGACAAGCGUCGGUGGAAGAACAGGUGAAUGAGCACGUCCAGGGGUACCCGGAUGACAUUUGCCACAUCGAACAGAAUCUGGCCCGCGCUGAAGAGAAAAUGGCCUAUCUGUCCUACGAGGGAGCCAAGGAAAUAUGGCACCCCGAUUCCUAUCUUCCUCCUAGUUGGCCACCAGCCUUUCUUCGGAUGCAGACGCAACUCCCGAAGGCCAUGCAUGCACCCACGUGACCACACUGAGGUGCUGUGGUCCCAGCCAAGGGCAAGGAAACGGGACGUGUCCGGUGACCUGUGGCCCUUCAGCCCAUAUGCACGUUCACCUAGGCUUCCAGAUUUCCCACCGCUGCCCUCCCCCCGGCAGGUGGAGAUCAUGUCUCCAUGCCCUGCUUAGACACUGGAGGUCUGUGGGCAGAGUUUAGGGCUCCAUUAACUGGGGCGGGAGAAAGGAUAGCUUUUUUCCACUAAAAACUCUAAUGGACCCUAGUCAUCGCCUUCCAUUAUGAGCAUGGCAGCAUUAGCAGUGCCUGCGACUUGGUCACUUUACAGAGGCAGCAGACACUUCCCUAUAUCACCAUAUUCAUUACCACUUUGAAAUUUCAGUGGCUGUCGGGCCAGAUCCGGUUA